UUAGGGCCCGUCAAGGGUCGAGCAGCGUUGGCCUGCCCCAGUACGCUGAAGCUCUGAUCUUUAAAUUUUUUUUGGUCCAAAAAUGGAGGGAGAAAUUGCAAAACUGUAGCUAACUCUCUAACUCUAAAUUUUAGACUUCAGAGGCCAAGUAGGAUUUCAAAAAAAAAGAAGAAGAGGAAAAUAUAUCGAAACCUUCUCUUCCACCAUUUUAGGCUCUUGCUUGGGGUUUAAGGUUUUCCAGAAGCAGCAGCCAUGGAAGCAUUUAAGGCCUGGAGAUUAUCUUCAUUCAAGCGUUUUAUUUGCUCUGCAACUUUAACUUCUUCUUCUGCAUUCAUUAAGUUUUCUUCUUCUGCUUCUCCUUCUUCUGGUUCUUCCUCUUCAAUAAGGGUUUCUGAUCGAAGAAGGUCUGCCUCCACUUCCACCUCUGAUAGAGAUGCGGUUCGCGUCAUUCGUCUUAAAAAGGUGGAGGACCUGAGAGCGCAGGGCUAUGAGCCCUAUGCAUAUAAGUGGGAUAGGACCCAUACAACCAAUCAGUUGCAAAAGUUAUAUCAUCAUCUAGAGAAUGGUCAAGAGGUGAACAAUGAAGAGGAUCAAGUAUCUGUAGCAGGAAGGAUUGUUGCACGGAGAGCUUUUGGUAAACUUGCUUUUCUGACUUUAAGAGAUGACUCUGGUACAAUUCAGCUGUACUGUGAGAAGGAGAAACUUCAAGACUACCAAUUUGAGCAGUUAAAGACAGUUCUUGAUAUUGGGGACAUACUUGGUGUUAGUGGUUCAGUAAAGAGGACAGAGAAAGGGGAACUUUCUGUUUAUGUUAAGUUCUUUUCGGUCCUUACAAAAUCACUACUCCCGUUACCAGACAAGUAUCAUGGUCUUACUGAUGUGGAUAAGCGUUAUCGCCAACGAUAUGUUGACAUGAUUGCAAAUCCUGAGGUUGCAGAUGUUUUCCGAGCAAGAGCAAAGAUUGUGUCAGAGAUUCGAAGAACAAUGGAAGCUUUGGAAUUUGUUGAACUCGAGACUCCUGUUUUGCAGGGAGCUGCAGGUGGUGCAGAAGCUAGGCCAUUUAUUACUUACCACAAUUCACUUGGACGAGACCUUUAUUUGAGGAUUGCAACGGAGCUUCACCUAAAACGAAUGCUGGUUGGGGGGUUUGAAAAAGUUUUUGAGAUAGGUCGAAUAUUUAGAAACGAAGGCUUAUCCACUCGACAUAAUCCUGAGUUCACCACAAUUGAGAUUUAUGAAGCAUAUACAGACUAUGAAAGCAUGAUGAACUUGGCGGAGGAAAUUGUCACUCGAUGUUCUUUGGUAGUGAAUGGGAAGCUUAGAGUGGUCUAUCAGGGGACAGAAAUAUCUCUGGAAAGACCUUGGAGAAGAGAAACUAUGCAUAAUCUGGUCAAGGAAGCCACCGGAAUUGAUUUCAGUGAGAUGGGUGAUGAUGUUAAUGCUGCUAAAGCAGCUGCAAUAACAGCACUUGGACUUGCUUCUGACAACAAAGACAAGUUUGCAAUUGAGACAUGUUCAUCUGUAGGCCAUGUCCUCAAUGAGGUUUUUGAGACAGUUGUGGAGCCUACACUGGUUCAGCCAACAUUUGUGCUAGAUUACCCUGUAGAAAUAUCACCUUUAGCUAAACCACACAGAAGGAUUGUGGGUUUGACUGAACGAUUUGAAUUGUUCAUUUGUGGUCGUGAAUUAGCAAAUGCUUUCUCAGAAUUAACGGACCCCGUGGAUCAGAGGAGACGCUUGGAGAUGCAAGUAAAACAACAUAAUGAAAAGAGAGCAGCCCACUCAGCAACUGGGGAUGGAAAAGAAAGAAGCAAUGAUGAUGAGGCAUAUGAAGUUACUUUGGAUGAAGACUUCGUAACAGCUUUGGAGUAUGGGAUGCCACCCGCUGCAGGAAUGGGACUGGGGAUCGACAGGCUUGUGAUGCUUCUCACGGAUUCUGCAAGUAUUCGAGAUGUCAUUGCUUUCCCCAUUCUCAAGCUUCAGCAAUAAACCUUUGUUUUAUUAGGAAAAGAAAGUACCAUUCAUCUAUUCAAAUUUUCGAGGUUUUUGCCAUCACUUGAGAUUUGCUGCUGCGAGUUGCUUCUCUUUCAUAAAUCUUGUCCUCUGAUGAGAUACCAAAAGCCAAUCCUUUUGUAUUCAGAUAAUCUAUUUCUUUGUGAACGCAUGUACGACUCUUAAUUCUUUGGAAAACUCAUUACACAAGUUAGUCA